UUAAGUGUCCUCUAUACGAUGGUGAAAACCGCAGGCCGCUAAGACCUUUCGUUAAAAAGUUAUUUGAAAAACGGCAACCGGCACGACCUUUCCGUUUCGAUAGUAGUCAAGUCACUGAUGAUGAAAUCUCGCCAAGUACUCUAACGGUUUUGCGCUAGAGAACCAUCUAGAAAGAAGUUCUGAUACAUGCUCAACUGAAAGAUCGACAUAUCAGCCUUAUCUCGCUCUCAGCAGAUUUACAUAAGACAGACUUGUGGCUUCUGUAGUUUGAAUCUGUUGUGAAUCUGUAGUUUUCUUAGAGAAGUAUGCGUUGAAAAAUAAAAAGCAAAUAAAAUAAAAUAAGAAACAUAUCAGUGCAAUAACAAAAUCUUGAUCUUGACAUGAGAAACGAUGUAAACCACAAGAGCAUUGCUCACAAAAGUCAAAAUAAAAUACUAAUAAACCAUCACUCACAGAGAAUCUUCUAAUUUAUCUUUCAAAUACAUUGUAUCUUUUACACUUUCUGAUGAUAAUGCUAGUAUUUUAUCUACAAUCCGCUUGUGACAGGUCUUGAAAGGUGAACUCAUCUACCAAAUUGACUAACAGACUAAACUAUCUUCAUAUACUUAGUGCGAAUGCUUGAAAUUCUUUUUUAUUGAAUAGAUGCUGAAGCAGAACAGUUGUUAGACUGGAAUAUACCUCUUGAUGUAACAAGUUAUUAUGCCAGAUAUGUCUCACACAAACGAAUGAAAUUGAAAAUAGACGAGUGGAUUGAACAACUGUUUAUUUGCAACUGCUCAUUACAGACGAGCUUUGGCCGAUUUUGUGAAUACAGUCCUGCUGAUGACGAUAGUUCAGAAUCAUCAGUAGAUUUCCAGACACUCUUGGAAAAACAUACAACGGCAAGACUUGCUACAUCUUUAAAAUAUCCAAGUGUAAGAAUAAUUUCAUGCUACAACCUGAUUACGUGUUUGGAUAUGAAUGGGAACGAUCGAUGUAUUGAUUGGCGUGAUAUCUGUGACAAUGAACAAGAUUGUAGAGAUGGUGAAGAUGAAAGGAAUUGUGACAUAAUUGAAAUGAAUGGUUGCACGACCGAACAUGAAUUUAGAUGUCGAAACGGAUUAUGUAUAUCAAAAGAGUUUAUAUUCGAUGUGUCUAGAGAGUGUUUAGAUGGCACUGACGAACAACACGAUACGGACUUCUUUUUUUCCGAAUAUCUUCCUAAAUUUGAUAGGUAUAGUGAUUGUUUUCUUACAUUCAGUAUUGAUUGCGACGAAAGAACAUGCGGUAAAGAAAAGUUCUCAUGUGGUGAUGGUCAGUGUAUUGAAUGGAAUGAACGAUUUUCAAAUGAAACGCUUUGUAAUAAUUAUCAAGAUGCAUUCCAUGUGUGUGAAUUAAAAGAAAAUAUGCGAACAAUGAAAACAGGUCAAUGUGAAUGGAAAAUUGAGAAUUUUAUCAAAGAAAACGAUACGUGUCACGAAGCAGUCGUGCGAAGUAGGACGACUGAUUAUUCGAAUGAUAAUGGUUCACUUAUUAUGUGCUUGUUUAAACAUAUCAGAGAUAAAUGUUCAAGUACUGGAGUAUUUUACAAAUAUUUUGAAUCAUAUUCAAUUACACCGUUUAUUGAAUCUUAUCUUGAAGCUAAUCAAUUUGCAUAUUAUAAUUACAAAAUAAUACGUUUAAUAUUUCAGCAGUCAACGCUUCCUGCUCAAUUUUGUGCUGCUGGUUAUAAACAGACUUGUUUUAAUUAUACAGAUAUUUAUGAACAAAAUUACCCUUUUCCACCGUUUGAAUAUCUUUUUAGUAAUGUAACAAAAAAACACCUGACAUCAUCAUUCUAUUGUAAUAAUACAUCUUCAUUUUAUUUGUGUCCGACAUCGCAUGAAUGCAUAUCAAAAUAUCGUUUAUUUGACGGGUUUUAUGACUGUAUCGAUAGAUCAGAUGAACGUAAUUAUUUAUUAAUCAGUAGUCUAGACAAGAAAUAUUUGCGAGACAGAUAUCGGUGUGAGACAACACCUGGAUUGAUUUUACCUCAUUUUUUAGGUGAUAAAGAAAAACAAUGUGAAGAUGGAAGUGAUGAGAUAAAUUCAUUUAUGAACUGGCGAUUUAUUGUCUGUACUAUAAAGCAGUUUUGUACCUUUCUCAAACAGUCGUUGUCGGAGAGAUCUAAACAGCUGGUACUAGGUUUCAAUCACAUAUGCGAUUCACGUUGGGAUGUACAGAAAGGUUUGGACGAAAUUAAUUGUACAGAUUGGGCCUGUGGGUCAGAUCAAAUUAAAUACGAAAGAGAAGAUGUAGAACUGUGGAAUGGAAACUGUAAUAAGAAUGUUAAGAAGUGUGAUGGUAUUUGGGAUUUCAUCGACGGUAGAGACGAACUGAAUUGUACCGCAGAACACUCUGGUUAUAAAAUCAAAUCACCACCAUGUCGAAAUAUAACAACAAAAGAAAUAGUUGAUAUUAAUUCCAAGUGGCGUUUGCGAGGUAAUGUCCAUGUUGAUUGCAUCGGAGGCCAAGACGAGAGAAAUACGUAUGCGUGUCAAGAUAGAUUAUCGCUAAAUACACGAUUUCUAUGUUUAAAUGGUACUUGUAUUGAACAAAUGUAUACAUGCGAUGGUUUCAAACAUUGUUUAGAAGGCGAGGAUGAAGAUUUCUACUUAUGUGCAAAUCGUUCAGCAACUUUAUGCCCACCAGCUUAUCGUCUUGCUAGAAUUUUGCAUAUCGAUUUAAGAGAACGUCGACGAUUAUUGCGACAGGUGUGCUCAGAUCAAUGUUUACAUGGUACCUGCUAUCCAAUAAUCAAUAAAGAAAGUGAUUAUUAUUGUGACUGUGAAAUUGAAUGGAAUGGUAAGAAUUGUGAUGGAUCAGUUUUAUGGAAUUUAUCGAAGAACACAUUGACUAAUGUUAGUUCAACCUGUGCAAAUAACAGCAUCUAUUUGCCUACAUUUUAUGAUCAUAAUGCAUCAAAAUAUACAAGUUUUAUGUGUAUAUGUCCUUUGAACACAUGGGGUGCAACUUGUAAUUUGAAAAUACCAAAUCAAUGUUCUUCUUCUACAUUUAAAUGUGAUAACAAUGGCAUUUGUUUAACGUUUAAAGAUAGUUCUUAUAAAGAUCGGACAACCUGUCAGUGUCCUGGAAACUUUUACGGAGAUCAUUGUGAGAAUCCAACACGUGUUGUAACAAUACACAAGAAUGAAAAAUUUUCAAACCUAUCGUCCACAAUUUUCACAGCUAUUGUUCAACUUGCUAGUGUUGACUUUAUCAGGAUUUCUUUUUCUAUUCAACAAUCAAUACUAAUAGUUGAUGAUAAUCCUCUUAUAACCUACGAAUUAUAUAGCAGCAACACUAUUGAUGAACUUCAGGCAGGAUUUUUCAAAUUAUAUGAAGAAGACAAUGAUGGUAACUAUAAAAGCAAUAUUUACCUACUUCAUACAAGAGAGGUAAGCUCUUCCUGA